AUGUUCAAUCACUUCCCAAAGGACUUCAUCUCUGCUCAGGUCUCACUACCACCCUCUCCAGCAGCAACAUGAGUCGUCAAUUCACAUGCAAGUCAGGAGCGGCCACAAAGGGAGGCUUCAGUGGCUGCUCAGCUGUGCUUUCUGGGGGGCCUAGCAGCUCAUCUUCCUACCGGGCAGGGGGCAAAGGACUCCAGUGUGGCUUUGGCAGUCGGAGCCUUUAUUCCCUGGGAGGGACUAGGAGCAUCUCCUUCAAUGUGGCUAGUGGGAGUGGCCGGAGUGGGGGCUAUGGUUUUUCCCGGAGUCGGGCCAGUGGCUUUGCUGGGAGCAUCUUUGGCAAUGUUGCCCUGAGUCCUGUGUGCCCAUCGGUAUGUCCUCCAGGAGGCAUCCACCAAGUCACCAUCAAUAAGAGCCUCUUGGCUCCCCUCAAUGUGGAGCUGGAUCCUGAGAUCCAGAAAGUGAGGACCCAGGAGCGGGAGCAGAUCAAGGCUCUCAAUAACAAAUUUGCCUCCUUCAUUGACAAGGUGCGAUUCCUGGAGCAGCAGAACCAGGUCCUGGAGACCAAGUGGAACCUGCUACAGCAGCUGGAUCUGAGCAAUUGCAAGAACAACCUGGAACCUAUUUAUGAGGGCUUUAUCAGCAACCUGAAGAGACAGCAGGAUAGCCUGUCAGGGGACAAGUUGAGACUGGAUUCAGAGCUGAGGAACAUGAGGGAGGUUGUAGAGGACUUCAAAAAGAGGUAUGAAGAAGAAAUCAAUAAACGGACAACAGCAGAGAAUGAGUUUGUGGUGCUCAAGAAGGAUGUGGAUGCUGCUUACACCAAUAAAGUGGAGCUUCAGGCCAAAGUAGAAUCCCUGGAUAGAGAAAUAAAAUUCCUCAAGUGCCUGUAUGAAGGAGAGAUUGCCCAGAUCCAGUCACAUAUCAGUGAUACAUCUGUCAUCCUCUCUAUGGACAAUAACCGAAACCUAGACCUGGGCAGCAUCAUCGAUGAGGUCAGGAACAAGUAUGAGGACACUGCCAUGAAAAGCAAGACUGAGGCUGAGAACUUGUAUCAGACCAAGUUCCAGGAGUUACAGUUGGCAGCCAGCCAGCAUGGGGAUGAUCUCAAACACACCAAGAAUGAGAUAUCCGAGCUGACCAGACUCAUCCAGAGGCUUCGCUCAGAGUCUGAGAGUGUGAAGAAGCAGUGCUCCAACCUGGAGACAGCCAUUGCAGAUGCUGAACAGAGGGGUGACUGUGCCCUGAAAGAUGCCCGGGCCAAGAUGGAUGAACUGGAGGGUGCCCUGCACUGCUCCAAAGAGGAGCUGGCCCGCUUGCUGAGGGACUACCAGGAGCUGAUGAGCACCAAGCUGGCCCUGGACAUUGAGAUUGCUACCUACAGGAAGCUCCUGGAGGGCGAGGAGUGCAGGAUGUCUGGAGAGUACACCAAUUCUGUGAGCAUUUCUGUGAUCAGCAGCACCAUGCCUGGGAAUGCCAGCACAGGGGCUGGAUUUGGGCUUAGCGGUGCCAGCACCUAUGGCUUCCGGUCCAGCCCAGUCAGUGGCGGCUAUGGAGCCCUUGGUGGAGGCUGUGUCAUUGGCAGUGGGACCUGCAGCCCAAGAGGGGACUCCAAGACUCAGCUGGGCAGUGCCAGUGAAUACAAGGACACCCUCGGGAAGAUGUCUUUGGCUCUGAGCUCACCCGCCAAGAAAAUGGCGAGAUAAAGAGCGAGAGCCACGCUAGGCUGGCUUUGGAUGCUUUGAGAUUCUGUUCUCUCUAGGGCUUCCUCUUCGAGCACUAACCUGAAGGCGAAGGAUCACUUUCCCCUGAUGUCUUCCUAGUUCCUUUCUCCAAGGAGUUCCUCUCCGCUUUAGGAUCCUCCCCCUUUCUUGGCCAUUGGAGCCUCCUCUAGCUCCAGGCUCUCUGCCCUAUUCUUUCUCGCUACACAGUCCCAGACUCUUAGGAACGGAGGUUGCCUUGUCUGUUUCCGCUGUCUCCACCCAGCAGCUUCCACGACUGUUACCGGUCUGGAGAAGACAACCUGCAUCGCUGCUGCCAACCCAGGGCUUUUAGAGAAAAGGGAAGUUCUCCCGUCAGCGUAAUCCAGGCGCUUGCUUCGGCAGCCUCCGUGCUUAAGGAGUUAUUUGUCAAUGGGAUAUCCUACUUAGAGAUCCUUCUCCCUUCCGAGGGAAUGUUUGUGUAACCCCACCGUCUCAAUUCAAUUAAAAUGUUUAUCAUGUCUCUUCUG